ACUCCUUCAGUUGUACAGAGUUAAUGAUCAAGUUUGAUCUUCAAAUCCAUAUAAAAGACUCCCGCUCCUCCUCGUCCUUACCCAGGCUUUCUCCAUCCACCUCCCCUCCCACAUCCACUUUAUAUAUUCCACGUUCUCCCUCCCGCAUCCUUCACAAUGUCUUACAGCGUAACCCCCUUCCCCGAUGACAACAAAAUGCAGGACUACAUCCAGGACAGACGAGUCAUCGGCUACGAUCCCCUCGUCCAACCUGCUCUCCUACGACACGAGAUAACGGCCUCUGACGCUUCGCAACAAACCAUUGCCGUUGCCCGUUUCAACUCUGCCCGUAUCUUGGCGGGACAUGACGACCGUGUCCUUGUCAUCCUCGGCCCCUGCUCGAUCCACUCUCCAGAGCAGGCCAUAGAAUAUGCACACUUGCUCAAAUCUAAAAUCCCUGACUGGGACAACCUUGUCAUCAUUAUGCGUGCUUACUUGUACAAACCCAGGACCACAGUUGGCUGGAAAGGCCUCAUCAAUGACCCUGACAUUGAUGGCUCUUUCCGAAUCAACAAAGGGCUUCGAAUUGCGAGACAGCUUCUCUGUGAUCUCACAGAUUUAGGUGUCCCAGUCGGUUCCGAGCUUCUCGACACCAUCUCUCCUCAAUACAUCGCCGACCUCAUCUCCUGGGGCGCUAUUGGAGCACGAACCACCGAAUCACAACUUCACAGGGAACUCGCCUCUGGUGUUUCUUUCCCAAUCGGCUUCAAGAACGGCACGGAUGGCAGCGUCAGCGUUGCUAUUGAUGCUAUGCGUUCGAGUUCCAAUCCUCAUGCCUUCAUGGGCGUCACCGAGCAGGGUCUUGCCGCAAUUGUCAAAACGAGAGGAAACCAGGACGUUCACGUUAUCCUCCGUGGAGGUACCAAAGGUCCUAACUACGCAUCAGAGCACGUGCGCUCCGCGGCACAAGCCAUGGAGAAAGCCCGUCCCUCGAAUCACGCCAGCAUUAUGAUCGACUGCAGUCAUGGCAACUCACAGAAGAACCACAACAACCAAUCAAAAGUCAUUGAUGACAUCUGCACUCAGUUGGCUGCUGGCGACAGGACUAUCACCGGUGUGAUGGUCGAGUCACACAUCAAUGCUGGUCGCCAGGAUGUGCCUGCUGAAGGGCCUAGUGGACUCAAAUAUGGUGUCAGUAUUACGGAUGCCUGUGUCGACUGGGAAACGACAGUGACUAUGAUGGAUAAACUAAACGAAGCUGUAAAACAUCGUCGCACGACUUUGAUUGAGAAAGGGCUGAGAAAGCCAGCUGGAUUCCAGCGACAACCUACAACCCCUUAAUUAUAUAGCCCAUAUCAACCCCAGCAUUUAGUAGCCAUAGCUUUCUACACCAUUGUUAGAUGUAUAUUUCCCUGCUCUGAUUUUCCCCUCCUACCUGGAUGCAUGGCCUGUUCUACUUAGUGGGGCACGUUUGUAUACCGCAUCAUUAUGAACAAUAAACUAUUUCUAUAUGCGGAGU